AUGGCUCCUCCGUACUCGUCGUCGGACGAUAGUCAUUCUCCGGUGAACUCGACGGUCAUUGCCAUUGACAAAGACAAGCAUAGUCAUUACGCUGUUCGUUGGGCGGUCGAUCAUCUCCUCAGUUCGAUUCACAAUCCAAUCAUUAUUCUCCUCCAUGUUCGUCUCAGAAACUCAAAUUAUGGAGGGAAUGGAAGCAACUUAAACAAUGAUGAUCUAAAUCAGUUUUUUGUUCCAUACCGAGGAUAUUGUGCACGAAAAGGGAUUUCUAUGUCGGAGGUUAUUCUGGAAGAUUCGGUCGUGGCAAAAGCAAUCUUGGAAUAUGUUAAUAACAACCUAAUUAACAAUCUUGUGUUGGGAGCAUCCUCGAAAAACACCUUUGCUAGGUCUCUUAUGUUUAGUAAACCCCAUGAUCAGGUGCAAACUACCAUACUAAAAUCCACGCCUGAGUUUUGUUCGGUCUAUGUAAUUUCUAAAGGAAAAGUUCAGUCUUCUCGACCAGCUCAAAGACCAAUUACCAAUACACUUGCCCCGCCUCGUGUACCUUCGACCGGGUUUCUAAUCAAUUCGUUAUCAGAUAGCGAGCAAGAUCUUGUAUCUAGGGACCAGCGUAAUGCGGAGAUGUAUCUACACAAUCGUGCCUUCAACGCAAUGCGAGCUGGAAGGCAAAGCACAGCAAAUGGGUCCAUAGAUUUUAACAACGCCUUUACACAAGUUGCAUCCAAAAGGAAUCCCACAACAAGAAUGUCAUUUUCUGAUGAAUCUGAUGUUGGAUCUGUCAUGAUGGGUUCCAUUGAUCUCUCUGCUCACCAUAUAGAUUUUUUUGGUGCAUCGAGUUCUUCAGACGAGUCAAUUCCCCAAUCAACUAAAGACAUUGAAGCUGAAAUGAGAAAGCUAAAGAUUGAACUCAAGCAAACCAUGGACAUGUAUAGCUCAGCUUGUAAAGAAGCACUCACAGCAAAGAAAAAGGCAAACGAGCUAAAUCAAUGGAAAAUAGAAGAAGCUCGUAAAUUCGAGAAAGCGAGGCUUUCUGAAGAAGCAGCAUUGGCAGUUGCGGAAAUGGAGAAGGCAAAGUGCAUAACGGCCUUAGAAGCAGCUGAGAAAGCACAGAGAAUGGCAGAGCUAGAAGGGCAAAGAAGGAAGCAAGCAGAGAUGAAAGCAAUAAGUGAAGAACAGGACAAAGACCGCGCAGUGAGUGCUUUGGCACAUCAGGAUGUACGGUACAGAAGAUACACAAUAGAAGAGAUCGAAGAAGCCACUGAGAUGUUUGGUAAUCAUAGGAAAAUAGGUGAAGGAGGAUAUGGACCUGUGUACCAAGGCCAACUUGACCACACUCCUGUUGCUAUUAAAGUCUUGAGACCUGAUGCUGCUCAAGGGAAAAAGCAAUUUCAACAAGAAGUUGAGGUUCUAUGUUCCAUAAGGCAUCCACACAUGGUCCUUCUUCUUGGGGCAUGUCCAGAGUAUGGAUGUUUGGUCUAUGAGUUUAUGGAAAAUGGGAGCCUAGAGGAUAGACUCUUUCGGAGAGGAAACUCUCCACCGCUUUCUUGGAGGAAACGUUUUGAAAUAGCGGCAGAGAUAGCUACUGCUCUCGCGUUCCUUCAUCAAGCUAAGCCAGAACCUCUUGUUCACCGCGACCUCAAACCGGCCAAUAUACUUAUAGACAAAAACUAUGUGAGCAAGAUCAGUGACGUUGGUUUAGCCCGAUUAGUCCCAGCAUCAGUAGCUAAUAGCGUCACACAAUACCACAUGACAUCAGCAGCAGGAACGUUUUGUUACAUAGACCCUGAAUACCAACAAACAGGAAUGUUAACAACCAAAUCAGACGUAUACUCAUUGGGGAUAUUGCUACUUCAGAUUAUUACCGCAAAGCCUCCCAUGGGGUUGGCUCACCAUGUCUCGAGGGCAAUAAGUAGAGGAACUUUCAAGGAAAUGCUUGACCCGGUUGUGACGGAUUGGCCUAUACAAGAGGCUCAAUCUUUCGCUAAUUUAUCGUUGAAAUGCGCGGAGCUAAGGAAAAGAGAUAGACCAGAUCUUGGAAAGGAAGUAGUUCCACAGCUUAUUCGAUUUAAAAACUUAGGGAAUGAAGCUGAUUCAACUCGUGUUGAUGAGAGAAAUAGCUAA